UGAGGGCAGAACGCUCCCGAAGCUGCGCACAGCCUCGCCCCUCACCCGAAGAGCGGCGGCCUCCCGAGCCCCGCGCCGCCGAGCCCCCAUGGCCCUCAUUAUGGAGCCCGUCAGUAAGUGGUCGCCGAGCCAGGUCGUCGACUGGAUGAAAGGUCUUGAUGAUUGCUUGCAGCAAUAUAUUAAGAAUUUUGAGAGAGAGAAGAUUAGUGGCGACCAGCUACUGCGUAUUACUCAUCAAGAACUGGAAGAUCUUGGAGUCACACGAAUUGGCCAUCAGGAACUUAUCUUGGAAGCAGUAGACUUGCUCUGUGCACUGAACUAUGGUUUGGAAACAGAAAAUCUGAAAACUCUUUCACACAAACUGAAUGCAUCUGCCAAAAAUCUGCAGAACUUCAUCACUGGGAGGAGGAGAAGUGGUCACUAUGAUGGAAGGACCAGCCGCAAAUUACCAAAUGAUUUUCUGACAUCAGUAGUGGAUCUCAUUGGAGCUGCUAAAAGUCUCCUGGCUUGGUUGGACAGAUCACCUUUUGCUGCUGUGACAGAUUACUCUGUAACAAGAAAUAAUGUAAUACAACUCUGUCUGGAGCUGACAACAAUUGUACAACAGGAUUGCACAGUGUAUGAAACAGAGAAUAAAAUUCUUCAUGUGUGUAAAACUCUCUCUGGUGUCUGUGACCACAUCAUCUCACUCUCUUCUGAUCCCCUGGUUUCCCAGUCGGCCCACCUUGAAGUGAUCCAGCUUACAAACAUCAAGCCAAGUGAAGGGCUGGGUAUGUACAUUAAGUCAACAUAUGAUGGUCUCCAUGUAAUUACUGGAACAACAGAAAAUUCACCUGCAGAUCGGUGCAAGAAAAUCCAUGCUGGAGAUGAAGUGAUUCAAGUUAACCACCAAACUGUGGUGGGGUGGCAGUUGAAAAAUUUGGUGAAUGCACUACGAGAGGAUCCGAGUGGUGUUAUCUUAACUUUGAAAAAGCGACCUCAGAGCAUGCUUACCUCAGCACCAGCUUUACUGAAAAAUAUGAGAUGGAAGCCCCUUGCUCUGCAGCCUCUUAUUCCCAGAAGUCCUACAAGCAGUGUUGCUACACCAUCCAGCACUAUCAGCACACCUACAAAAAGAGACAGCUCUGCACUCCAGGAUCUUUAUAUACCACCUCCUCCAACAGAACCUUACGUUCCCAGGGAUGAAAAAGGAAAUCUCCCAUGUGAUGAUGUUGGCAGACAUACAGUGGGCAAACCAGUUCAUACAGGAUCCGAAUCUCCAAACUCAUUUCUUGACCAGGAGUAUCGAAAGCGUUUUAAUGUGGUUGAGGAAGAUGCAGUGUUAUACUGCUAUGAGUAUGACAAGGGAAGAACAAGUGGUCCUGGAAGGAGAGAGAGCACACCAACGUACGGGAAACUAAGGCCUAUUUCUAUGCCAGUAGAAUAUAACUGGGUCGGGGAUUAUGAAGAUCCCAGUAAAAUCAAACGAGACAGUAGGAGAGAGAAUUCAUUGCUACGCUAUAUGAGCAAUGAGAAAAUAGGCCAAGAAGACUACAUGUUUCAAAGGAAUAGCAAAAAGGAUACCGGAAAAAAGUCAAAAAAGAAAGGAGACAAGGGUAAUAGUCCUAGUCAUUACUCGUUGUUACCUAGUUUACAAAUGGAUUCAUUGAGACAAGAUGUCAUUGGCACACCUGGACCAGAGACCACUUUGUACCAUACAUUUCAGCAAUCUUCUCUACAGCAGAAAAGUAAAAAGAAAAACAAAGCUCCUAUUCCUGGUAAAAGCAAAAGAAGGAUCUCCUGUAAAGAUCUUGGCCGAGGAGACUGCGAAGGCUGGCUUUGGAAAAAGAAAGAUGCUAAGAGUUAUUUCUCCCAGAAAUGGAAAAAAUAUUGGUUUGUCCUGAAAGACACAUCUCUCUACUGGUAUAUCAAUGAAGAGGAUGAAAAAGCGGAAGGAUUUAUCAGUCUACCUGAAUUUAAAAUUGACAGAGCAAGUGAAUGCCGAAAGAAAUACGCAUUCAAAGCCUGCCAUCCUAAGAUCAAAAGUUUUUAUUUUGCUGCUGAACAUCUAGAUGAUAUGAACAGAUGGCUAAACAGAAUUAACAUGCUUGCUGCUGGCUAUGCAGAAAGGGAGAGAAUCAAGCAAGAGCAAGAUUACUGGAGUGAGAGUGAUAAGGAGGAGGCUGACACUCCAUCAACACCCAAACAAGACAGCCCACCACCCCCAUAUGAUACAUACCCACGGCCUCCUUCGAUGAGUUGCACCAGUCCCUACGUGGAGCCAAAGCACAGCCGCCUCUCCUCCACAGAGACCUCCCAGUCUCAGUCCUCACACGAGGAGUUCCGCCCAGAGGCGGCGGGGAGUGUCACCGACUCACCGGUGCGCAAGACAGCGAGCCAGCGGCGCUCCUGGCAGGACCUCAUCGAGACGCCACUGACCAGCUCAGGACUUCACUACUUGCAGACGCUGCCACUGGAGGACUCGGUGUUCUCUGAGACGGCCGUGGUGUCUCCUGAGCACCGGCGGCAGUCCACCUUGCCCACCCAGAAGUGCCACCUGCAAGACCACUACGGUCCCUUCCCACUCGUGGAAGGGGAGCGGAUGCAAGUGCUGAACGGGAAUGGAGGCAAGCCCCGGAGCUUCACGCUGCCACGCGACAGUGGCUUCAACCACUGCUGCCAGAGCCUUUCGGUGGGAGCCACUGAUCACCACGAGGAAGUGCAGCAAAAGGAGGUGGAAGAGGAAGAGGAGGAGGAGGAGGAGGAGGAGGAAGUCAAAGCAGCAGAAGAAAACCAGGAGGAUAAAAUUGAAAUUACGGAAGAAAUAGCAGCAGAUUCCUUGCAAGAUUUAUACAGAGCUCUGGAGCAGGCCAGCCUUUCUCCUUUAGGAGACCACCGGAUUUCCACUAAGCUGGAGUAUAGGAAAUCUUUUAUAAAGAGAUGUAGCGAUCCAGUAGUCAAUGAAAAACUGCACCAGCUGCGAAUUCUGAAAAGCACUUUAAAGGCCAGGGAAGGAGAAGUAGCCAUUAUAGAUAAGGUUCUGGAUAAUCCAGGCUUGACGUCUAGAGACUUUCAAGAAUGGAAACAAAUAUACCUUGACAUCUUUUUGGACAUCUGUCACAACAGCACCCCGAGGGGCUCUGUUAAUGGCUCAUCUGAGGUCGACGCACUUCUAGCUUCCUUAGCACACACGCACUCCUACAUUGAAACACAUGUAUAAGGGGUCCUCUUCUACUCUAUUUGCUACACUUCAAGCCUUUACAUAAGUGCAUAAAUUAGGUUUUAUAUCAAUAUGUGGAACUUCUAGUAAACUAUCUUUUAAUGUCACUCAGCCGUGUGAUGUACACCUUCAGUGGUCAAUGAUACCAUGUCUUUAAUGAGGAUUUGUGUGUUUUAUACACUACCAGUGCUACCAACUUGUGUUUACUUUCUGUAAAAAUAAUAUGAUCUUUAACUAUUAGAUAGAAGUAUUUAAAAAUGUUUUUGGAAGACUGUGGCCUUCACAGAGGAAGUUCCACAGGCUAAAGGUUUUGUUAUUGAAGGUUGCUUUUACAAUGAUAUUUUUUAUUACAUAAUUCCAGUAUUAUAUUGCAUUUUUGGAGUGCAGGUACUAUUUUGGUGGCAGGGGAAUAAAAGAAAAAUUAUAUUUAAUGAGAAACUCUAGGAGUUUUCUUACAUAACAGGGAAAAAGUGUAAUGCAGUGACUGUGUUUCCAAUUUUGUUGAACACAAAAGGGCUAAAAUCAGCCCACUAUAAUGACUAAUGUGAAUUUAAGUAUUAAACAUUUAGGUUUUAUUUCCUUGUACUUUUUUAAAGCCUGUUGCUAAGGUUUACCAUCAGUGCAAAGAGAUACUGGUCUGUAUUCUAAUUAAGACAAAAUUAUGUGUUACUUGUCUCUACUUAAAUCACAUUCGGUUGAUUCAAUUUUUUAAACAAAAAUUAGUCGUGGUACUGUCAUUUAUGCUGCUUUUGUACCAGAUCAGAUUUUGCAAAAGAGAAAGAGUAGACUUUGAACAUCCUUGAUAACUGCAUUUUUAUUGCCAAGAAAAGCAGCAGCGGAAAAGGUUCCCAACAAAAUGCUCCCAACCUGAGAGGCUUUGAAAAUUCCCACAAUAGAAAAGGAGUGAAAUUUGGCCAUAUUGUACUUGGGGAAAAAAAUAUGAUAGGAACAGAGCUGAGCACAGAACCUGAGAAAACUGAGAGCUCGGAAAGUCUCUGCUCUGCCUCUGAAUGUCUCUGGUUUCUGCUGAGUUCACAAGCCAACAGAAGGGUUUUAAACUUCCCUGAGAGCUGAGAUGUGCUGCAGAGUGCACAGUGAAUAUAAGCAGAAAUAUCUCCUUAGAUUUAGGCACCUGUCUGGAAUAGGGAAGAGAGAGGUAAACUAUCUAUUUACUCUUUAUGGUCUUGUUCUCAAAAAGUGAUCAGAGCAUGACAAAGCAUUUGUGCUGCUUUUCAGUGUUUUGCUGCAUAAGUUAGGAUUCGAGAUGUAGCUUAGUAAUGCUCAUGCGAGAGGGCACAGCCUCUUUUAUUCUUUCUAUAGUGAGUUGUACGUUUAGCCAACCUUUGCUUAUUGCCUGUACAGCUCAGUGAAUGUACUUCAAACUUCAUGAGCUCUGGUAUUUCCUGGCAGUUGUAUUCAUGAUGAGAUGAAGGAAAGAACAGAUUUAUUUAUUUGUUCUUUCUUUCUUUCUUUCUUUCUUUCUUUCUUUCUUUCUU